UUGUCUCCCUCCUCCAAUUCCAACUCGCCGCUGCCCUAGCUUCAGACGUUCGGCGACGCUCCCAUCCCUUCCGUUCCGUCGUCUCGCUCCUCCUCCCCGGCACGAACACUAGGCAGAAAGGGUUCAAAUUUCGGCCUGAUCCGGGCGCCGAGCACCUUGAUUCCACCAUCCGAAUCCACUUCCCCUUUGCGAUCUCCUCGUCGCUGUUCGAUCUGCCCCUUCUAUCGCCGAUUCCUCACAAGAUCCGAUCCCUCCUCUCACCCAUGGAUCCGCGCGCCAGGUACCCUCCCGGAACCGGCAACGGUCGCGGCGGGAACCCUAACUACUACGGCCGUGGCCCGCCGUUGUCGCAGAACAACCACCACCACCACCAGCAGACGUCGGCGGCGCACCAGCAACAAUACGUGCAGCGCCAGCCGCAGCCGCAGCCGCAGCAGCACCACCAAAAUAACCAGCAGCAGCACCACCACCAAAGUAACCACCAGCAGCAGCAUCACCAAAAUCACCACCAGCAGCAGCAGCAACAGCAGCAGCAGUGGCUGCGGCGAAACCAGAUCACCGCGGCCGGGACCAGCGGGCCCAAGGUCGUGGCGCCACCCCCAGCGGCCGUCGGCAACGAUCCUAGUUCACAAGAUUGGAAGGCCCAACUGAAGCUUCCACCCGCAGAUACACGAUUCAGGACAGAGGAUGUUACUGCCACCAAAGGGAAUGAGUUUGAAGAUUAUUUUCUUAAGCGUGAACUCCUGAUGGGAAUAUAUGAGAAAGGAUUUGAAAAGCCCUCUCCAAUCCAGGAAGAAAGCAUUCCUAUUGCAUUAACUGGUAGUGAUAUUCUUGCUAGAGCAAAAAAUGGAACUGGCAAGACUGCUGCAUUUUGUAUUCCUGCACUGGAAAAGAUCGACCAGGACAAAAAUGCUAUUCAAGUUGUUAUAGUUGUUCCCACAAGGGAAUUGGCUCUACAGACAUCGCAAGUUUGCAAAGAGCUUGGCAAGCACCUGAAGAUCCAAGUUAUGGUCACCACUGGUGGAACUAGCCUGAAGGAUGACAUUGUUCGUCUAUAUCAACCUGUCCAUUUACUUGUUGGAACGCCUGGACGUAUUUUGGACCUUACGAAGAAAGGUGUUUGCAUCUUGAAGGACUGUUCAAUGCUUGUUAUGGACGAGGCAGACAAGCUUCUCUCUCCUGAAUUUCAACCUUCCAUAGAGCAGUUGAUCUGUUACCUUCCAGCGAGUCGACAGAUUUUAAUGUUUUCAGCAACAUUCCCUGUGACUGUCAAGGAGUUCAAGGAUAAAUAUCUGCCUAAACCUUAUGUUAUUAACCUCAUGGAUGAACUUACACUGAAGGGAAUUACACAAUUCUAUGCUUUCGUAGAAGAAAGGCAAAAAGUUCAUUGUCUUAACACCCUCUUUUCCAAGCUUCAAAUAAAUCAGUCAAUAAUAUUCUGCAACUCUGUAAAUCGUGUUGAGCUAUUAGCGAAAAAGAUCACGGAGCUUGGUUACUCUUGCUUCUACAUCCAUGCAAAGAUGCUGCAGGACCACCGUAACAGAGUAUUCCAUGAUUUCCGCAAUGGGGCAUGCAGGAACCUUGUUUGUACAGAUCUUUUCACAAGGGGGAUAGAUAUUCAAGCUGUUAAUGUUGUUAUCAAUUUUGAUUUCCCCAAGAGCUCUGAAACGUAUCUCCACAGGGUUGGUAGAUCUGGGAGAUUCGGUCACCUUGGUUUGGCUGUGAAUUUGAUCACCUACGAGGAUCGCUUUAACUUGUAUAGGAUUGAGCAGGAGCUCGGAACUGAGAUAAAACCAAUUCCCCCUCAGAUAGACCAGGCCAUAUAUUGCCAAUGAUAGGAUAGUGCUUUCGCAUGCAUUCACUUUCUCUGAGCAAUAAGAAGACAUCUCUUGUAAAUACCAUCUCAUCACCUGUCAGGUCUUAUUGUGGGCCUCCUGUGGUAUAUGGGAACAUUAGUGGAUCAUGUGUGAGACAAGACAUCUGGGUGUUCUGAUUGAUGUUGUUAUGCUGACAUUAGUGUGGUUAACUCAGGGCAAACGUCCUGUUACUCUUUCAGGCACAUAGCGGUGUACAUUGCUAGGUGCCUGUUAUUGGUCUAGCCAUGGUCUUUUAGUUCUUGACAUCAUAGCUCCUUUCGUUUCUUUGUGGUGUCGUUAGCUAUUUCUCACAGGACAUUUUAACCCUGUUACUUACUGGUUGUGAGUCUGCGCUGUUGGUGCACACAAGUUAUCCCAAGUUCCAGCUUGGUCAUGCGUCGUUGAGGUGUCAAUCAGAAGUCGGUCAUCCAACUUGAGCUCUGAACUGUCGAUGCGAAGUAGUAGUCGCUAGGGCUUUCAACUAGUAGAGGUGAACUGGAUAUAUUGUGCCAAUAAUGUGCAGUGAGCUGCAUUGUGCUAUGCAUAUGCAACCUUCCUCUUGCAUCAUGCCUAGUAGUCGCUGGGGCUUUUAGGUAUUGGUCGUGAACUGGAUAUUGGUCUGUCAAUAAUGUGCAUUGAGCUCUUGCAUCAUGCCUAGGCAAUGUGCAUGUAUGUCAUUGUCCUUGCUUAAAUUCUGCCGGAUAUUUCCAAGUUGACAAUGUAUUGCUGAAUAAACAGAGUUUAUCUGCUGGUAUCUGUGCUGGACAAGGGAUGCCAGUAGACACUGAACUGUUAUUUGCUGCCUCA